UUUACUCAAAAACCUUCACUUAAGUAAGAUGGAUUUAUUUCUAAUUCCAAAAGUUCCAGCUGAUGAUGAAGAUCCAAACGAGUCAGAGUCAGAAGAGACUGGGUUACUAUCUGCUGAUCAUCCAUUAAUGGAACGCUUCCAAAAGGCGUUAAAAGAACAUUUGCUCAAGGUUAAAAAUCAAUUGGAAAGCGAGAUAUCAGACAUAAAUCAUGCUAUUAAAGAGAAGAAUGAAGAAGUAGGGGAAGUUGGGGCAAAACUUUUUGACCUUCAAAAUGAGAUCGAGAAGCAGCGUGAACAAUUGGAUAAAUAUAAUGGACAGAUAUUAGAUAUCUCAGAGAGUCGACGUGCGCAUGAAGAAAGUGUUAUAAAACUGAAGGCAGAAUACUACAAGAAAGAAUCAGCAUGUAAGGAGGCAAAACGAAGAAAUAAUUUGGUGUCACAAGAGAUUGAAAGCAUGCGGUCGUUGGAGAGUGAAAUCACCAAAUGGAACAAUGAAAUUCAAAAUGAAAUAGCACUUGCUAAGCGUGUAGCAACAAAAGAUUCAAAGGACCAACGAUUGGUUUCUGAAGAGAAGAAGAAGGUUGACAUGCUGUUAUUCAAUCUCGAUUCUGAGGUCCGCAAAAAGGAGAUUGAAUUGAGUAACAUUGAGGAACAAAUAAGGGAUCAUAGUGAAGCUGUUGCUGCUUUGAACCAAAAUCUUGCUGACUCUAAUGUCGAUUUAGAAGGAUUACAGCAAGAACAUAAGAAGUUGAUGCAAGCAUGGGGAGAAGUCAUUGUGUCUGUUCAGCAUCGUGACAAAAUUUUGUCAAAAGCUCGCAUGGAUUUACACAACGAACAUGAGCAGCACAAGACGCUUCAAGCUGGAAUCGAAAGCACAAAGAAAUUUGUCCAAAAAGAACUCGAGACAAGCGAAAAACUGAAUGAGUUCAAAGACCGGUUGCUAAGAGAUGUCACUAACAUUGAAAAACAACUUCAAAUGGCAGAUGGUGAAAACUCGAAAUUGGAUUUUAAAAUUGCACAUUUUCAAUCGAUUUUGGAAAAGACUGAGGCGGAUAUUGAACAAGCACGUUCCGAAGGAUUAUUGACGAAAAAUCACUUGACUAAAUUGAUCAAUAAGUUGGAGAAGUUGUCACGUCAGAAACUCGAGACUGAAGAGAAAAUUCUUGACUUGUUGCAAGACCAAAUCACAACAGAUAAAGCUGGUCAGCAUCGCAGUAGACUUUUGAGAGAAGCACAAGAAAAGCGAAGACAUUUGGAAAUCCAGCUGUCGGAAACAGAAAAUAAGUUAUCGGAAGCAAUUUUAGAUCUUGAAAAGUGGCGUGGACUUGUCCAAAAAUCAAAACAUAAUGUUGGCAAACUUCAGAAACAGCACAAUGAGGUUGACUUUGAAGCAAAUACAAUUAACGAAGAGAUUGAAAGGAUUAAAGCAACAACUAAGAAUAAGAUGAUAGUUUUGGACAGCAUCCAUAAACAGCUUGAGCAUAUGAUUGAGAAAUUGGGCGGAAAGGAAAUGAAUCUGAAGGAAAUACAAGUCAUGGAGUUGGAAAAGAAGAUCUCGGAAAUUGAUACGAAAAUAAAAGAGUUACAGCAAUUUUGGCUUAAGCUUCAAUCACAGGUUGUUGCUAUGUCUGAGAAGCGUGCUUCUCAAAUGGAUGAAAUCUUUGUUGGCAGGAAGCAACUGAUGGUCAUCGAGCAAAAGGCACUCAAAGUAGAGACAGAGUUGGAACACAGUGCGAAUGAGAAUCGUGAAAUUUUGAGGAAUUUGAGCAAUCUAAAUGUCAAGAUUGAUCAGUCAAGUUCGAAACUUUAUGAAAAGAGAAAGAUUCAUGAAAAGGAGGAAAUGGAAUGCUUAAUGGCGCAUCAAGACACAGUUGAUAAAUUGAAAGAUGCUGAAAUGAAUGUCAUGGAUUUGGAACAAGACAUGAUUAACUUGGGUCAAGAAAUUGAGGAAUUAAAGAAUGAAGUUAAGGAGAAGCACUACGAAGCAUUGUCAUGGGAAACAAAAUUUAAAAUGGCAAAUGAAGCUAAAAAGAUGCGUGACGAUGAAUUAGCAGAUAGCAGUGAAAUCAGCAUCAUGAAGUCCGAAAUUCAUCGUAUGGAACUAAAAUAUUCAAAUCUCAAGAAAUUGCAAGAACGAAUGGUUCAGGCACUCGAAAAUAGUGUCUAUCAUCGCGAUCAUAUUUAUGAUGCGGCAAACACGCGCGAAAAGAAAACAGGAACAAAGAUUAAGACGCAGUCGAAUAUUAAGCAUAAGCUGAGUGAAAUGAAAAAUAAAUUAAAAAUUAUCAAUACGGAGUUAAUUGCGACACAGCAUCAAGUCAGUGAAAUACAGAAGCGUGAAGAGAUUUUAAGAGCUGAAAUUGUGAAUAAGGAACAAGACAUUCAGACUGAGAAGAUGCAGGAUUGCUUGCUACAAACGGAAAUUGAACAGAGUUUGUUGAUGAAGCAAAGGAAUUUGGAAACGAUUGUUCUGCUGCAGAAGAGAGCUAAGCGAUAUAAGUUACUGACUAGCUGUACUUAUUUGCCAAAGAUGAAGAGUGAAAAUGCCAUCGACGUUGAAAUGGAAAGGCUGGAAGAGAUUCAUGAAAAUAUCACGAGUAUUUUGGAAAAUUUACAAAAGGACUUUCCAGCACAAAAGUUCCAAAUUGAAAAAAUUCUACAAACUUUAAAAUGCUAAAUUUUGUGUGUCUGUCUUUGUGUCUUUUGUUCCUAUUGCACUUCAAUAUCAUAUUUAUUGUCAUGAAUAUUUUUUUCUUAUAACCUAUCACUUAAUGACUAAUUAAGAAAAACUGCCUUAUUGAUUUUUUUUACAUAUAUGUAUAUCCUUAAAUGCUACUUUAUAGGAACUCUCAUAUCAUCCUCAGUUAAGUUUUGAUUUAAAACUCCAUCAUUUAUCCUGUAAAAAUAUUCAUAACUCUUUCUCUGCUCCCUGAGUGUGUCAGAUAAAUGAACCAUAUCAGCGUGACAAGCUGCUUCAUGGAAUCCAUCCAAAAAUAUCAUGUAUCUGAACUUUCUGUGCUUAUGUUGUGAAUCAAAAUCUAUUCGAUUGAAUAUUCGUGUGAUAAAUCCUUGAUUAUAGUCAAUGAUUGGCAAUGGCUCAGCUUUUGAUAAUGAGACAUCUAUUGACUGUGGAUUCUGGAAGAAUUUCAUGACAUAUGUUACGACCAGGAAACAAACAGCAUUCAUUGGAAAUGCUCUGAGUAACGUUGAGUUUAGUCCACGAGUUAAAAAUGCAGCACCUUCAGCUUCAUAACUUUUUCUAAUACAGUCCAUAGCUCCAUUAUAUUUUGGCUUUCCAUCCAUGCCGUCGACUUGCAGACGUGACUUUACAACAUCAACUGGAAAUGAUAUGACCCAUGAGAAUGUUCCAGCUAGACCACCAGCCAUAAGUGUGUAGAAUGCACUUGGAUUUGAUGUCUGUCUCAUCAUCAUUUCAAAUGAGACGAAGUAUGAUGCGAAUCCUGAAUAAGAAAGUGAUUAUUGUGAGUUUAAAGUCAUUAAUUGAAAAAUAAAGCAAGUAAUUUACCUGGAACAUCUCUUGCAACUGUGAUACCAAGUCCUUUAAAGACUCCUCUUCUUCCUUCGUGCUUCCACACGUGUUUGAGGCAUGCAAAUGGAUUAUUGUGCUUUACAGCACUAGGAAUGUCAUUUUGAAUUUGCAUCCUACUCUUUACAAGUUCCAUAGGACUGCAAAUUAACGUCUGACUAAGUCCAGCUGCUGAGCCAGCACAAAAAUGAGCAAUUAAUGAUUCUGGAUCUUUUGAUUGUCUUUGAACGCUUCCAUAAACACCAAAUACAAUUGCAUUAAGUACGGAAAUUGAGGCUAAAGGUGAUGAAAGGCCGCGAUAAAGACCACUGAGUGAUUCUUUUUGCACAAUUUUCUUCAGACAAUCGUACGUGCCACGAUAAAGUGGAUUUUUAUAGUCUUGCGUUUGUAAGUGAAUUUUUACUGUGUCAAAUGGAUGUCCGACAAGGAGACCCGCGC